AAGGUAUUUUCCGAACGUGGGAGCUUUGGGUUAAGGUUUUGACUUCAGAAGUUCAGAUACCUUUUUUAGUGGAUUUGUAUCUAUAAUUUUCCUGCAUUUACAGUUACAAAAUCUGUACUUUUGGGAUCCUCGAGGGUAUAAAGACGUAGUUUCUCAAUUGCGCAUUCUUGCAUUUUUGAUCCGAAUUCAGAGAUAGGAUGAUUUUGUCAAGAUUGUAGAUGAGCAUGAAAUUAUCUGGAAUAGUUCCAUAUUUCCCUGCAUAUAUAAUAAUUGAGAGAGGGAUAAGACCUGAAUAAAAUGAAACCCUGCAUGCUACAGUGUCAGUAGAUUGAAACACGUUGGCGGCUAUACAGUAUACAAUACACCCUAUACAGUUACACUAUACACUUCAGUAGUAUCCGGUAUAAGAGAGAGAUAUAGGGGAGAAUAAACUCCUUGGUUUGGUUAAAUGAAGGCUCCAGCGUGGAUUUCUUUUAUUUAUUUCUUCACAAUCAGUUCAACACUAGCAAAUGAAGGGAGCUGUAUUCCUCAAGACUGGGUUUGUGACGGAGAGAAAGAUUGUGUAGAUGGGUUGGACGAACUGCAAUGUGAGCCAGGUUCCGGAAGUAGUUGUAAUGCUGACGAGUUCCGGUGUGGGAACGGAUAUUGUAUCCCGACCUCGUGGCAGUGUGACGGAGAGAUGGAUUGUCCCGACCAACUGGACGAAUGGCCGGAGCUAUGCAACAAGAGGAAGUGUAAGGAUACUGAGUUCCUGUGUCCUAGUACUGGAAUGUGUAUAUCUGGAUCCUGGGUAUGUGACGGGAAACCAGAUUGUGAGGACGGGAUGGAUGAGAGGAAUUGCAAUAUUAGUUGUGGUCUGGGAGAGUUUAAGUGUGGUGACUCUGAGUGUAUCCAGUCUAACUGGUUGUGUGAUGGUUCUCCGGACUGCAGGAACGGAGAGGACGAGAUGAACUGUACCGUGGUGGAGUGCAGUGAUGACUCAUUCACCUGUAAGGACGGAUCUUGUGUUUCUCUCCGCUGGAGAUGUGAUGGACAGCAGGACUGCCAGGACGCUUCAGACGAGCAGGAUUGUUCCUCUGUUCCUUCUCUGUCUGGUUUAUGUAAACAUGACGAGUAUCAGUGUAGGAGUAGGAACCAGUGUAUUCAUCAACACUGGAAAUGUGACGGAGAUUCAGAUUGUUUGGACGAAUCUGACGAAUCUGAAGAUAUUUGUGGAGUUAAGUCUGUCUGCAGAGAUGAUCAGUUCCGGUGCAAGAACGGAGAAUGUAUCCCUCUCCAGUUCCUAUGUUCAGGACGCCCUGAAUGCUUGGAUGGGUCGGAUGAGUUGACAUGUGAAUCAAGGCCGAGGCCGAGAUGUGACCUCCAGACUGAGUUUGAUUGUGGGAACGGUCAACCCUGUCUCCCCCGGGAUCGUGUAUGUGACACGAUCAACGAUUGCGGGAACUACGAGGAUGAACCCCGGGAUGGAUGUGGACAGGACGGGAAGUGUGGAGUAGAGAACGGAGGGUGUGAUCAGGUGUGCACGGAUACUCCUCAAGGACAUUUCUGUUCUUGUUUUCAUGGGUUCAAACUUGUAAACAAUACUUGUACAGAUAUUGAUGAAUGUUCAAUCCCUGGCUCCUGCUCCCAGCAAUGUUUAAACCAUGAAGGAGGAUUCUCCUGCUCCUGUAUCCAGGGAUACGUCCAGGAUACAACAGAUGAAACCAAGUGUAAGGUUGAGAAGGGAAAACUUGGAAUUAUAUUCGCUCACAAGAAGGAUAUUCGUCUAACUGAUCUCCGACGCCAGGAGACCGUGUCUAUUGUCGAGGAUACGAGGUCAGCUGUUGGGAUAGAUUUCCAUCACGAGGCUGGACAGAUCUUCUGGACAGAUAGUAUCGAUAGAAGGAUAUACAGAGCUAGAGUAAAUGAUAACUUCAAGUCUAGACGAACUGUAGUGAACAGUAGUGCUGAUGAGGGUUUAGCAGUAGACUGGAUACAUGAUAACCUGUACUGGGUCAGACGGGAGAAGGAUGCAAAGUUUAUAGCAUUAACAGACUUUAACGGGGAAUCUUCUCUGGAUAUAGUUACAAGUGGGUUGGAUGAACCUAGAUCUUUAUCCCUGCACCCGGAGAAGGGUUGGAUCUUCUGGUCUGACUGGGGUAAGGAGCCGAAGAUAGAGAUGUGUGGUAUGGACGGAACUAAUCGUAAAGUUCUUGUAACUAAGGAUAUCCUGUGGCCCAACGGUAUAACCCUAGAUCUGGUUCAUGAAACUGUAUAUUGGGUGGACGCUAAACUCCAUACUAUCAACAGUGUAGGAAUAUUCUCCGGGUUGGUUCGCCAGGUUCUCCGCUCUCCAGCUCAUCUUCACCAUCCUUACAGUUUAUCCGUGUUCGAGGAUACAGUUUACUGGACGGACUGGGGGCUAAACUCAAGUUCUAUUUAUAAAGCAGACAAGUUUACAGGAGAUAAUCUUCUACAAUUCAAAACUACAUAUAUGGUUGAACACCCGAUGAGUUUGAAGGUUUACCACAGCUACACCCAGCCCAGAGGAGAGAAUGCCUGCAGGUUGAGGAUGGAUCGGUGUUCUCAUAUCUGUGUUCCCACUCCUAGAUAUCCUCAUAAACCUGGUUUAACCAGGAGGGAGACAACUAGAGGGUUUACAGACUCCAAGAACUCUGUAUGCCUGUGUCCGACCGGGAUGGUUUUAGGAGAAAACGGAGUUUCAUGUAUUCACAAGAAACCUGGAGGACAUGUAAAUUCUGGAGGAGAAAUAUCUGAGGAGAUGUAUUCUAGUUACACUCCUUGGUUUAAUAAUAAAAUUCUCUUCUACUCUCUUGUUAUCGGUAUCACAGCCUUCCUCAGCGCUAUCCUCAGCUUGGUCUUCUACAUCUGCUAUAAGAAGCUAAGGAAGGGUUCAGGUUGGAGUGAAACAAGUUCGGAGAAAUCUGCAGCUCCGUCCCGUUCUCUCUACCAUCCUCCAGUUCGUAGUUCUAUGGGGAAGUUUCAUGAAUCCGAGUCAAUGGUUCCUUUACGACAAUCUCCUGCAUCAGAUAGUACUCCGGACUCACCAGAGCUUGACCACCUAGAGACAGUCUAGACCUAUACUAGUUCUUCUCACGAGCUGGAGAAAAGCCUGAACAACCAGUGCUCCAGACCACCUUUAGAUGUUGUAAACCUUAACUUACAACCAGCCAGUACUCUUGACCACCUGGAGAUAGCUUGAACCUCUCCUGUCCAUCAGUAGAAAGUUUUCACAUACAGAGAAAGCUCUCCGAAAACCUGAAGAUGAUGUGAAACCUUCAGUGUCUGUUCUUCUGACAUCCCGGAAAAUCUGGAGGUUCAGUUUUCCUGAUUGGUCAUAGACACGUCUCCGGACUAUUAGUAGACCAAGUAAACUGUUCAAUGAAACACCAACUGGAUUUGUAUCUACGGUUUUCUAGUUAUCAAAUUCUUCUCUAAUUAUAUUACGAGAAAUCAUCUUCCACUCAAGAGUAUUCAUACAGUUAUAUAAUUGCUUAAAGCCUAGUUUUAUAAAUUAGAAUCUACCUACAGGAGCUAACUCAUGCGCCAACAAUCAGUCUAUGUUAUGUAUUUAAAACCUCGCCAUUUUAACCGUUGCUCAAAAUCAAUUGUACAUUUCACGCUAAUUAUCAAUAUUUUGAUUUUAAUCAGGCAUAUUCUUUAGGUAAUAGCUCUUCCUACUUAUUCAUCUAUUAUUUAGUCAACUUAUUUAAUUAGGAUAAUUGUGUGAUUAUGUGAUAAUUUAAACAAUAUUCUCUCCCUGUGUUUCCAGGCGCCAUGAAAGAUUUGUUGAUGAAUUAAACAUAUUUUAUGAUAAUUAUUUUACCCCUGGUUACCGACAUAAUUUAAUCCUUAUAUUUGUGAAAAUAUAAAUUUUAAUUGGAAUAAUUUCCAACUAACGACCCCAUUAACUGUUUUCAAAACUGAAUUGUAUAUGAACAUGAGGUGUACACUGUUGCACUGUAAACCCCAUUCAUGAUCUGACCACGUGACCAGGCUGUGAUCUGUAAUUGUGAUUAUUUAUCCUAUUAUUGUAAAUGUACCGAGUUUAGACCUAUAUGUAGAGAUCUCAUUUUACCAAAUAAUAUAAAUGUAAAUAUA